ACAUUGUUUCCGAUACUUUUCCUCUUUUAAUUGAGCAUGCGCAGAUUGCGCACCAGCCUUCACUCCGAAGCAGCAGAAAUUCUCAAUCAGUGAAAUUUUGAUAUGAUAUGCUGCUAAUGGACACUUAUAGUGAUCUCUGUCAAUCGUUCGGGUAAUAUUGUGCGCUUACUCCUUUUUCUCUAAAUGAUUGGAUGUAAAGAUGUGAAACAUACGCACACUGUAUGAUAAGUCGAUUGUUUUAACCAUGCCUGAUUCAGAUAAGUUCUAGCAGUUAUUGGAGAACGUAACGUGAAAACUGCUGUAGUUAUGAUGAUGACUUACAUAAGCUCUCCAUACCUAGUGUGCCCCUCUGGGUGGGGCCGUUGCUGCACGCGGCCUCCAGGCUGAAGACCGACCGGCUGAAACGAAGAAAAGUUUACCGUUUAAUCCAGCGUCAUUUACUGAACAACAGAGUCGGCUGCAGCACUUGUGACAAACCCACAUAUGUGUACCCAACUGAGCUCAAAGAGAUGGUCCGAUCUGCCUUUCCAAAGGAUAUCCGUGACUAUGACGACCCCUGUCACCAAAAUGUUGUUGCCCUCACAAUGGAAGACUUUAAAAUUAUGGAGUCCUCUAGUUCUGGGACGGAUUUACCAAUUAAACUGCAGUUGCAGUAGCCUAAAUCUAAGUGUUCAGAAUUGUAGGCUGUGUGUUAUGUCCAUAAAAUAAUGUAAGUUGUGAUAAUGUACGAUGUUUAAAGUAGACUAACUUUAUAUAGGCGUAUAUAAAAUAGUUAGGUUUCCUUAAAUAUAGGCUAUACAGGCUUUUGUAAUAUUUGUUCUAUACAUUGUUUAAUGUUAAAUGGCUAUCCUCAUUUAUAAUGUGUGAGUUUGCGUUUCACUGCAAAACCUAUCCUUUGCGUAACUGACGGUAAUGUACUGCAUAAAAAUGUAAAGUGCAUAAAAUAGUACUUAUCUUAAACUUUUGUUCUAGUAUUAUUUGAUUAGAGUUUAAUGUUGUUAGAAGUGCAUGACUGUGACAGUCCAGCACUGAAUAGCUAAUUGGCCCGCUGGACACCAUGACAACGAACACACAACCCGCGAACACUUCGAGUUAAUUCUAUUAGCCUACUGACUGUUUAACACAAGGCACACACACAAUUCGAGAAAAUGCCUCCAGAAGGGAAAUCUGACAUGGAGCGGAUUGGCAUCUUUAAAGAGUUGGGAUACAUCUCAAUAGGGGACAAGUAUACCUCUUUUUUUAACCGCCCAUUUAAUGACUCCGCAUACAAGAACAAACAGAUGCUACCAGGAGGAGUUAAAUCAAAGUCCGCACUUCAGACUGGAUACUUCGACGCACAGUAUAAGAGGAUCUUUGAGAGAGAGGCGCUCGCAGACCCUGUCAAAAUGGCCAGACAAUACAAAAUACAACAGGCCAAAAAGAACAUAGGCAAAGCCUUUCUUCCCAGCAACGGAGAAAAAAAAACAUGUGGGGUGGGCAGCUAUUAUGGGACAAUUGGGGGUCCCAUUCAAGCAAUGAGUGCCCUACAGAUUCCAAGGAAACAAAAAAAAGCAGCUGGGAAAAACUUCUACACCAAUCCACCCAAGAAGGGAAAUUCUGGCUAUCCUGACAUCACUCUCUCCAAGAUGGUGUCCUAUUCCUCAGACCCCUAUGAUCGAGCCAAGGAAAUGCUAAAGCGUGAGAUCAUGUCACACAAAUCCAUGCUGAAAGGGGGAGCGUUUCGUUUGAACCUUCAUCCAAAUGAAUGCUUUGACAGCAAUCCUUUCAAAUUUGACAAACCUCUACCACCUCCAAAGAAGACUGAUGGGAAAAAGCACUUCAUGGUGCCCUUCAAACCAAGUUCACCCAGUAAAAAGAAUGGAGGCAUGAAAGCUGGAACAUUUGACUCCUACCCCAGCUACUCUGCAGAACCCUAUGGCAGCAAAAAGACUAAAUCAGCGAUGACGAAUAAGGAAGGAAAGAUAUUUCACCCCUCCCCUGGACCAAAGAGUACACCUGUCAAGAGCAUCAUCAGCCUCAAUGUCAAUAAGGCUGUGAACGCCACAAACUACAAUCAAAUCCCCUCAGUUAUGGCAUAUUGAGAACUUGUCAUGUCUUCAGGUGAAUCAAUGAACAUGUUCCUUUAGAUGAAAUUGGAAUUGAAAAAAAGCUGAAUUGUAUUUACAUCAUUCUCUUAAUUGAUCAAAAUGGACGCAUUCUCAUUUAGCUCAUUAUAAUUACUAUCCCAGGAUAAACACUUGGUUCAUAGCAUCUAACAAUGUUUACUUGUACAAGUCAAGUUUAAAUCAUGCGCAUGAUUUGUCAGUGAUACACUAAGCCACUUGUCUAAGAUCACUUGACUUAUUAAACAUUAAAUAUAUUUAUGUAUUUUGUUUUUAACCAGCAUUUAAUUCAGCAAGUUCUUAAAGUUGACACAUUUCUCCAUUCACAUUCAGAAUUAGUUUUUUUAUUGAAUAUGUUUUAGUCGCACAAUUUACAGUGUGAUAUAAUAAACCUUCAGUCUUAUUAGUUUUUAAAGGUGAUCAUCAAAGAUAACUGAGGAAAUUACAGAAUUAUCAUUUGUUAGUGAACCGUGCCUUUAAAGGAGUAGU